AUGGCUUUGAUGAGCCAAACAAUAAGCGGUGCUGCGACGGUCAAUGAGCUGAGCGGUGCUGUAUCGGCCCAAGUGUUGAGCGGUGCUGUAUCGGCCAAAGAGCUGAGCGGUGCUGUCGGCCAAAGUGUUUCUACACUCUAUAUUUGUGGCGGUUUUAGCGGUAUGGACACCCAAUCAAAAUGCUAUCAAUUUAAUCAAAAUACUAAUCCAAGUAAUAAAUGGCAACCAAUUAAAUCAAUGUCAUCGGAAAGGACUAGUUUUAGUUUAGUUAACUAUAGAAAUCAAUUGUACGCUAUUGGGGGCGAAGCUUAUGAGAUUUCACGUAAUGUUGCAUCAUAUAAUGUUAAAACUAAUUCAUGGCAAUCAGCUGGAUUGCUUGCUUAUCCUACCAGCUCUAUGGGUGCUACUGUACUUAAUGAUACAUUGUAUGUUUGUGGUGGUACAUCUAGUGGUCACAGUUACGAAGCUUGCGAACAAUAUUUUGUAGAUAGAAAUGAAUGGUAUUUAACACUAAAACCUAUGCUUACAGAUAGACAUAAUCUAGAACUGGUAGCCCAUAGUGAUGGGUGUAUGUAUGCUAUCGGUGGUAAUAGUUAUAAAAAUUCAAGUUCAUUGAAGACAAUGGAAAGAUUUGAUCCGAAAACACAAAAAUGGACACAAAUGGCUGAUAUGUAUACUAAAAGAUAUGAAUUUGGUGCAGCAUCAUUUAUGGAAAAAAUAUAUGUUUGUGGCGGUAUGGGUAACCUAGAUUGGAAUUUAUGUGAAUCGUAUGACCCGAAAAUUAAUCAAUGGACAAAAAUAGCAUCAAUGAAUACACGUAGAGAUAAUUUUAGACUAAUAGCUUUCAAUGAUAAUCUGUACGCUAUGGGCGGUUAUCCGUGUAAUUAA